UCAACAGCCUCUCAUUUGUUAUAGUUUAUUGGGAAGAAUUGAACACGUUGAUAACUGUUUGAUGAUUGGAAAUGAAACGAACGCAAGUCAUCAUAGCAAGGAAACUAUUGAAGACUAUUUUACUCCGACUUUUCAACACAUAACACGAAAAGAAACUACGCUUUCGCCACCCUUUGUGAAGUUUCUUCAAUCAGUUGGACUAGAGAGUUACCUGAAAAUAUUUAAAAGAGAGGAAAUUGAUCCUGAAAUUUUGUUACAGUGCAAUUUCAAGGACUUGAAGGCAGUCGGUCUUCGCAAUGCGGCAGCAACUAGGAUCUUGAACUUGCGUCGACAAAUUUUGGCAUUAUGCUUAUUUAUGGCAAAGAAAAGAAGAACAGUUGGAGCAACUCAAAGACCCAAAGCCUUGUCUUAUCACUCUUUUUCGUUACUCAAGAUAGACAAUUUCCACCCUCAUGUUGUAAACUAUCGUUAUCGAUAAUGACCAAAUCGUUGGGGUAACAACGGAUAAGGAUAAUUGAAAAGUCAUACAUGUACCUUUUAUCAGCUUGAUAAGUUGAAGAAUUGUCUAUUCCAAGUAAUUCAAUUUGUUGU